AUGGCGUCUGGACCAGAUCAUCUCUUUAACCUGAGAAACAAUUUUUACUUAGGUGCUUAUCAAGCGGCGAUCAACAACAGCGAGAUCCCUAAUCUCUCACAGGAAGAUAUUGUUGAGCGCGAUUGUCUCGUUUACCGCUCUUACAUCGCUCUCGGUAGCUAUCAGCUUGUCAUCGGUGAGAUCGAUGAAUCGGCAGCUACUCCUCUGCAGGCAGUGAAACUCCUUGCCAUGUAUUUGUCGAGUCCUGAAAAUAAGGAAUCAACCAUUGCUAGCUUGAGGGAAUGGUUGGCAGAUCCAACCGUAGGAAACAAUGCUACUAUUCGGUUGAUUGCUGGUACUAUAUUCCUGCAUGAGGAAGACUAUAGUGAGGCUCUGAAGCACACAAAUGCUGGAGGAACCAUGGAUCUGUAUGCUUUGAAUGUCCAGAUAUACAUAAAGAUGCACCGAUCAGAUUUUGCAGAGAAGCAGCUGAGAGUGAUGCAACAGAACGAUGAAGACCACACACUCACCCAACUCGCGAGCGCAUGGUUGAACCUGGCAGUAGGAGGUUCCAAGAUACAGGAAGCUUACCUAAUUUUCCAGGAUUUCUCUGAGAAGUACCCAAUGACAAGCUUGAUCUUGAACGGUAAGGCAGUUUGUUGCAUGCAUAUGGGUAAUUUUGAAGAAGCUGAGACUCUACUUCUCGAAGCACUCAACAAGGAUGCUAAAGACCCAGAAACUCUUGCAAACUUAGUUGUAUGCAGUCUUCAUGUCGGGAAAUCAUCUUCGCGCUACCUAAGCCAGCUGAAACUUUCACAUCCAGAACACGUACUUGUGAAGCGAGCAGCAUCAGCUGAAGAUAACUUCGAGAGAGCGCUUCAAUCUUUCGCCUGA